CCCCGCCGCUCCUUGCAGUUCCUCCGCAUCUGUGCCGACCUCUUCCGCCUGGUGCCCUUCCUGGUCUUCAUCGUGGUGCCCUUCAUGGAGUUCCUGCUGCCCGUCGUGGUGAAGCUCUUCCCCAACAUGCUGCCGUCCACCUUCGAGACCCAGUCCAUCAAGGAGGAGAGGCUGAAGAAGGAGCUGCGGGUCAAGCUGGAGCUGGCCAAGUUCCUCCAGGACACCAUCGAGGAGAUGGCCCUGAAGAACAAGGCGGCCACGGGCAGCGCCACCAAAGACUUCUCCUUGUUCUUCCAGAAGAUCCGAGAGACUGGGGAGAGACCCAGCAAUGAGGAAAUCAUUCGUUUCUCCAAACUGUUUGAGGACGAGCUGACCCUGGACAACCUCACGCGGCCGCAGCUGGUGGCGUUGUGCAAGCUGCUGGAGCUGCAGUCCAUGGGCACCAACAACUUCCUGCGCUUCCAGCUCACCAUGCGGCUCCGCUCCAUCAAGGCGGACGACAAGCUGAUUGCAGAGGAGGGUGUGGACAGCCUCAACGUCAAAGAGUUGCAGGCGGCGUGUCGGGCGCGAGGCAUGCGGGCCCUGGGAGUCACAGAAGACCGCCUGCGGAACCAGCUGAAGCAGUGGCUGGAGCUGCACCUGCAGCAGGAGAUCCCCACGUCGCUGCUCAUCCUGUCCCGAGCCAUGUACCUCCCAGACACCCUGUCGCCCGCCGACCAGCUCAAGUCCACGCUGCAGACCCUCCCCGAGAUCGUGGCCAAGGAAGCGCAGGUGAAGGCGGCGGAGGUGGAGGGCGAGCAGGUGGACAACAAGGCGAAGCUGGAGGCCACGCUUCAGGAGGAGGCAGCCAUCCGGCAGGAGCACCGGGAGGAGCGGCAGAGGCGCUCAGAGGCCGCGAAGGAAGUGGCGCCUGAAGCGGUGGAAGCUGCCCCUGGGAGGCCUGUGGCCGAGCUGCAGCCGGAAGUGGUGGAUGCGACCCUGCCGUCAGAGGCCCUGAAGGACACGGCCCCCGUCCUGGAGGGCGUGAAGGAAGAGGAGAUCACCAAGGAGGAAAUCGACAUCCUCAGCGACGCCUGCUUAAAGCUGAAGGAGCAGAAGACGUCCCUGACCAAGGAGAAGGAGGAGCUGGAGCUGCUCAAGGAAGACGUGCAGGACUACAGCGAGGACCUGCAAGAGAUUAAGAAGGAGCUUUCGAAGACGGGCAAGGAGAUGGAGGUGGAGGAGUCCAAGGCCAGCAAGAGGCUGACCAGGCGGGUGCAGCAGAUGAUCGGGCAGAUCGACGAGCUGCUCACGCAGCUGGAGGCGGACCAGCAGGCUGGCAAGCUGGCAUGGCUGCCCCGGGGCCAGGCUCGGGACACUGUCAUCAGCGUCACCGAGCUCAUCAGCGCCAUGAAGCAGAUCAAGCACAUUCCGGAGCACAAGCUCGUCAGCCUGGCCUCGGCCCUGGACGACAACAAGGACGGCAAGGUCAACAUUAACGACCUGGUCAAGGUGAUCGAGCUGGUGGACAAGGCGGACAUUCACAUCUCCACCAGCCAGGUGGCCGAGAUCGUGGCGACGCUGGGGAAGGAGGAGAAGGUGGAGGAGAAGGAGAAGGCCAAGGAGAAG